GUUUUCUUCAACUUCACAGUCAGUUCUCGAAAUCAUCAAGGAGAUCGAUCGACACAGUCGUCGGCGCCUUGAUACCUUACCAUAUGCCUCCAUCGCUGCCGCAAGUCUCAUUUGGACGAACGGCCAUGGACCGUGACCUACUAUACGAAGUGUUGCGCGUGUACCUCGAAGGCGAGGAAAUGAAGGCCGAGUUUGCGCGAACUGGCCUGAGUUUGGGGUUGGGUACGAUGGAAGAAGCAUCGAGCAGCGCCAUGCGCCGAGACCGUUGCUGGAUGCAAGACGCGUUGAGUCCUGAUGCUCCUUACUUUGGCUUUGACAAAGUCGUGCAGAAGUUGCAGGAGCCAUUGAAAAAGCCACCGCUGAUGCCGCUCCAAUCCAACAAGCGCAAGUGCUGGUCGUGCAAUGCCAAGCUUGGCUUGACGCCGGCCUCGUGCAAGUGCGGCUACACUUUUUGCGGCUCCCACCGAUACCCAGAGACGCACCGCUGUGCCUUCGACUUCAAGCGCGAAAACAAACGCAAGCUCGAGUUGCUCAACCCCGCCCUUCGCCCCGACAAGCUCGUGCGUGUGUGAUGUCCUCGUGUGUCCCCAACCACCGUCUGCCACGAACACCAUCGACUACAACCCCUCGAAGCCACGACGACGACAGUGUGGCUUAUCCUGUCCCCUCUCACUGCAUUGCCUUUAUUUAUUGCCGUACCUCCCUAUAUUUUAUGCGGGCGAAGUCUACAAGUGGAAUGGACAUUGCCCUUUGUGCCCUAUAUUUGCUAAUACCACACCUCCUGUUAUUGCUACACA